AGAGAUUCGGUCGUCAGCUUCCCUUCCGUAGCAGAAAAAAAAAACUACGCAGGAAAAGUGUGGGAUAAGACUGCUUUGCAUAAAAGGACCCAGACAGACUGCCUGUCGAGGCAGACGAGUGUCCUGUGAAGUUGCUCCCACACACCUUUCAGGCUGCCUUAAAGAUGGAAGCCCCGCUGGGUGAACAGACUGCUGUGGGUUAUUCAGCGGGGACUGAAGGACCUGAACACCGACAGGAGCUGAAAGCCUCUGACGAAGCUGUCACGUUCAUGUCCGGCAUUGAGCCUGCCGAGCUGCAGAAGUGUGUGUUUGCAGACUCGCUGGUGACUGUGUCAGAGGGGGGGAGAGAGCUGGGGGAGUUUAGUGUGACGGUGGAGUUUGCCCGGAGAGAGCAGCCAUGCAUGAUGCUUCAUGCUCAGAGCCAAGGAGCCAUUGAUGACUGCCCCUGUGGGACAGCAGUGACAGCCUACCUAACGACUGACCUGGAGGUGCUGGAGGAAGAUCACCAUGAAUAUGUCAAGCUUGAGGGCCAUAGUGUGGACAAGAGGUGUCACAUGGUGCAGCGUGAUGGGCAGAUGGUGAUCCAUAAGGUUACGACUGUGGGAGAGGAGGUGACAGAGGAGGGCAUGUCCUAUCCCAUGUCUGUCCUGAGAGGGCUGGUAACUGAGGGCUCCAGCUUGCUGCUGAUGCGCCUGAUCGCUCUGAGGAGGAAGAUGCCAGAAAACAUGACGUUUGUCUCCUUAGACCCAGGAUUGCACAUCAUUCACACCUCCUUUAGAGAGCUGGGUCAGAGGCAGCUAGAGGUCGGGGCUGAGGUCCUGGAUGUAUUUGGGGUAGAGAGAAUUAUUCAGUCCAUGGAGGGCAGCCCCAGUACCUGGCAGUGCUACUUUCUGGAUGAUGGGCAUCUGGCGAGCAGAGUUCAGGUGGGGUCACCGGUCACCAUGAGACUUCUAGAGUUGCCAUUAAAGGCAGAAAAAGUAGAUUUCAAGAAGAUCCCCCUUGUGUGGGAGGAAGACAUGCAAAUGCAUUCUAAGUUCCUGGACAGAAAGGAAGAGCGAAAGGCCGACCACUCCUCAUACUUGAGACAGCAUCCAGAGAUUCGAGCACUAAUAUCUGACUUCCUACAGUUGCUGUUGUUGAGAAAACCAGACGACGUCUUCCUGUUUGCCAGAGAGUACUUCACCCCUUUUGCCUCUCAUCCUGCAGACGCAGACCAGGAAGCCCAGUCCCUCUAGUCACAUUUUCACAUGCUCACAAACUGUCUCUUUAGAAGCUUCAUAUAUGUUUGUUCAUGAGAAUAAUCUUCAAUGACAUUUAGAAAGUGCUUUUGUUUUUUAUUCCGAGUCACUGAUUAUUAGUUGUAUCUGUGAACAUUUGGUGGAGAGGAACACAGACAUUUAAACCUCAGAGUUUGUGAUAUUUCCAGUAAGAAAGUAGUUGGGGUUUUUUUUUCAGUUUCAGUUUCAGUAGUUUGGGUUUCUUGUACACGUUUGGGCAAAGCCCCCUGGCAACACAUAAUUUAAAAAAAAAAAAAAAGGACGUGAGUUUUCAAAAUAAAAGUCUACAAAGCUAAACAAACGGAUUUUAUUAUGAAAGACGUGCCAGUAUGUGCUGUAGUUGAGAUUAGUACACUCUUUUAGCCAAGUGUGAAGCGAAAAAUUUCUUGGUCAGCUCAUGGACGCUAUAGUUUAUGUGUGAAUGUGGCUUUUAUUUUAAAAACAUUUUUACCCAGCACCCGACACUCAACUUCAACAACUUCCUAUGCAGGCGACGUCACACCCAGUUACGAGCGGCCCCUUGCGAAAGAACGAAAGAGAACUUGCGACUCUAACAGAAAAGGGAAGGAAAAACCACUGAGACAUAUUUCAGCAUUUUUUUUCACUCCCAAAAAGUUUUUUUUUUUUCGUUUGUUUAAAGGCUUAUUUUCCUCGCAUUUAACAAGA